CCGGCGUGUCCGCGCUGCGCGCCGCCGUGCGCGCCGCUGCGCUGCUCCGCCAUGGAGCCGCCCGGCUGUCUGCGGUCCUGCUGAGGUUCCGAGACCCGGAGCGGAGGCUGCGGACCGGUUCAGGCUGAGGCGACCCGGGGCGCUGAGCUCCACCUGCAGCCGCUGGGCCGGCCGGUACCAGCAGAACCUGCCAGGCCCGGUUCUGCUGCAGGACAACGGACCAGAAUGCUCGCGCAGGAGCAGGACCACAUCCUGCAGGUGAGAUCGGCACCAGGAGGUCACGUGUUCACCUGCAGGAGUUCGCUCUGACCCACCUGGACGGGACCGCAGAACCAGAACCGAGCUGAGCCUGGAGGCGAGCGGCUCCUGCAGAUAAUCCGCUAAUCUGAGCAGAGAGGCUGAGGAUGGGCAGCACCGCAGAGAGGAGGCCCGAUGAAGAGGAGGAGGAGGAAGAGGAAGAGGAGGAGGCCGGCAGGAGGAGGAGGAGGAAGAGGAGGCCGCUCAGACUGCACAUGCCGGACCUGAGCGUCUUCACCAUGGCCUUCCUGGACGGAGACCCGGCUCAGGCGCACAGAGAAGGACGCAGCAAGGGGGAGCUGCUGUGUCGCUCCGCCAGUCCCACCAGGAGCUUUUUCCACCGCGCCCCGUUUGGCCGGCCCUCCAGCCCCCGCUCCGCCCCCGCCAGGACCUCCACCUCCAAGACAGCGAGCCCCGGUUCUCCUAGAACCAUCUUCCCCUACCAGAGUGGUGCCUUGCCGCAGGACUCCCCACCCAAGUCCCCUCGCAGGCUGAGCUUCAGUGGGAUCUUCAGGUCGGUUUCCAGGGAUUCAAACCAGCAACCCUCGUCAUCGUCCCCUGUUGCCAUGAAACUGUUUGGACGGAACCGCAGAGAGAAAGCCAGAGCCCACAGCCUGUCCUCCCCUCCUCCCCCUGCGCCUCCUCCCUCCCAUCAGAAGGAUGCCAACGAUUUCCAUCUGGAGACGUACCUGACCGAGCCACGGCGCCCAGAGACCAGGAGGCUACGCUCCUACUCCUCACCUCCUGACAGCGGACUGCGGGCCUCCCACCUGGCCUCCUCCCCUGUCAGCUCCGCCUCCACCUGCAGCCAACUGCCCCCUCAGGCUCCGCCUCCACCUGCAUCGCCUCCUGUGGGCAGACAGGUGGAGGUUGCAGACGGCAUGCCGGAUCAGCAGGAUCAGCAGGAUGAUGCUGCGUCCAAAGAGUCGGAGCGGGAUAUCUACAUGCGUUUCAUGAAGUGCCACAAGUGCUACGACAUCAUCCCCACCAGCUCCAAACUGGUGGUGUUUGACACCACGCUGCAGGUGAAGAAGGCGUUCUUCGCUCUGGUGGCUAACGGAGUGAGAGCCGCUCCUCUGUGGGAGAGCAAGAAGCAAAGCUUUGUGGGAAUGUUAACCAUCACAGACUUUAUCAACAUCCUCACCAGAUACUAUAAAUCUCCCAUGGUGCAGAUCUACGAGCUGGAGGAGCAUAAGAUUGAGACGUGGAGAGAGCUGUACCUGCAGGAGACCUUUAAGCCCCUGGUGCACAUCUCACCUGAUGCCAGUGUAUUUGAAGCCGUUCACUCGCUGAUAAAGAACAAGAUCCACCGGCUUCCUGUCAUCGACCCCAUCAGCGGCAACGCUCUCUACAUCCUGACGCACAAGAGGAUCCUGAAGUUCCUGCAGCUCUUUGUGUGUGAGAUGCCGAUGCCGGCCUUCAUGAAGCAGACCUUGGAGGACCUGGGCGUGGGAACGUACUCAAACAUCGCCUACAUCCACCCGGACACGCCGCUGAUCACCGCCCUGUCCGUGUUCACGCACCGCCGCGUGUCGGCGCUGCCCGUCGUGGAUCAUAGCGGGAAGGUGGUGGAUAUCUACUCCAAGUUUGAUGUGAUUAACCUGGCUGCUGAGAAGACCUACAACAACCUGGACAUGACGGUCACUCAGGCUCUCAGACACAGAUCGCAGUACUUUGAAGGUGUCAUGAAGUGCAACAAGCUGGAAACCCUGGAGACCAUCGUGGACCGCAUCGUGAAGGCCGAGGUCCACCGGCUGGUCGUCGUUGACGACAGGUCUCGUAUCGUCGGCAUCGUAUCGCUGUCGGACAUCCUGCAGGCGCUGGUCCUGACGCCCGCUGGUCUGAGGAGAAAGGAGUCCAUUCCUUCUCAGCCCGAAACCCUGGACUCAGCUCAGACAGAGACAGCGACUCGGGACCCGGGUCUGGAGCCUGAGGGGGGAGGCAUACUGGCUCAGGGGCUGGGAGGUGAGGCAGAGACAGAACCUGAAGCUGACCAAGACCAGGAUCCGGACCAGGGACUGGAAACGGAGACAGAAAGCCAAACUGAACCGGACCAGGAUCUGGUAGCAGGAGAGACCGCAGAGGAGACCUGCAGCAAGGAAGACGCUACUGAGAGCUGCCAGCAGGGGGAGGCAGCAGAGGGAGAGGCAGAGGGGGAGGCAGAAGGAGAGGCAGCAGAGGGGGAGGCAGCAGAGGGGGAGGCAGCAGAGGGGGAGGCAGCAGAGGGAGAGGCAGAGGGGGAGGCAGAAGGAGAGGCAGCAGAGGGGGAGGCAGCAGAGGGGGAGGCAGCAGAGGGGGAGGCAGCAGACGGAGAGGCAGACGGAGAGGUACUUAGAGAGAUGCAGAAGGAGACAGAGGAGGAGACACCAGAGACUACAGAGGAGACCUUCUGCAAGGAAGACGCUACUGAGAGCUGCCAGCAGGGGGAGGCAGCAGAAGGGGAGGCAGAAGGAGAGGCAGCAGGAGAGGCAGCAGAGGGGGAGGCAGCAGAGGGGGAGGCAGCAGACGGAGAGGCAGACGGAGAGGUACUUAGAGAGAUGCAGAAGGAGACAGAGGAGGAGACACCAGAGACUACAGAGGAGACCUUCUGCAAGGAAGACGCUACUGAGAGCUACCAGCAGGGGGAGGCAGCAGAGGGGGAGGCAGAGAAAGAGACAGAGGUGGAGGAAGAGAGGGAGGCAGGUGGAGCUGAGGCAGAUCAGGGGGAGGAUGGAGAAGCAGAGGGCAGAGGGGAUGAGGGUGGGGGAGCAGAUGGGGAGGUGGUGGAGUGAUGUCAUCACAGUGCGUCUCACUGGACUCUGACGACUCGCUGUGCUCGGGUCAAACCACAGAAGAAGAUGCAGAAGGUUCAGGAAGGCCGUCAGCAGGGUGGACUGUGAUUGGACGGCUGCUCUGGUGGGCGGGGCCUGUUACUGAUUGAUACGCACAUACCAGACCCGGCAGGCGUGAGGUUCUGGUUCUCUCUGUGGGGUUCUGGAGGAGUUUCAUUGGGAUCUGGUUGGUUCUCCACCCCCUGCUGGUGAAAGUCCGUCACUGCGGCCCAUUUAGGUAGAGGAAGGACCAUGAAACUCGACCAGAACCAGAACUGAUGCUGGAGCCACCCUGAACAUCUAGACUUGUGUCUGAUUGGUAGAGAGAGUUUUGAAUGAGCCAAUCACUGAUCAGCUGCUGCUCGUUUGUAACAUUUCCUGUUUUAUAGACGUAACAAAUCAAAUGUCACUUUGGUGUAAAGUUUUAAGAUUCUGUUGGAAAUGAUAUUAUUAUGGAAAUUAUUGUUUUUGUAGUUCCUGCUGCUGACUAUAAGGGGGCGGGGCUCUGCACUGUUUAGACCAAUGAGAGAUUAAACAGAUUUUACCUUAUAUAUUCAUAUAUCUACUGUUUUCUGCCCAUAGAGACGCUAUAAAUUGUAGUAUUUGGAAAAUUAAUAGCUGUGAUGUCAUCAUGAUGAGUCUGUGACAUCAUAGACUGCGUUUCCUUGGUGACGUGUAGUGAGUAGCUUGUGCUACUGCUGUGAAGACGAUGAAUUAAAACUGCUGACAGAAUUUC